CAUGGCAGCUUACUACCAAGCCGAAAACCCAUAUCCUAUUUAGCGCUAGCGGUUACUGGUUAAGGAUUAACGCUUUAAAUAGUGUGCUAAUAUUGGCAUGUAAGCAAAGCGCUAACAAUGUUUGAACUGUUCAAUACACGGAUAUGGAGGUUUAGUGAGCCAGCUAGCUAACGUCAAUUAGCUAUCGGUAGCAUAACAGUAAUCUCUGUGAGAUAUCCAAGAAGUUUGCAUGGCAAUUCAGACCUGACAUUAUGAUCGGAUCUUAGCCACUUCAGAAUUGGUAGGCUACGUUAUUUAGUUAAUCGCGUAUUGUCUUCAUAGGAAAACAUGGAUGUUCUCGGCUAACUUCUGCGACAUCAUCUAACAGCUAGCGGUCCUCCCCUCUCUCAUGAAAAUAUGAGGGAAAUGAAAAACGAAUGCAACGACGAUGGUAAGAUCAAGUCCCACAUAUCAAUGUCCCUCAAGUCCUGAACCAUCAAAAACUGAAAACCGACAUCAGCUGGGAUAAAGAAUGUCCCUAAUUUCUAUCACCUUUCAAGAAGGGCAGAAGAAUGUCACACAAUUGGACCAGGGUGGCAUGGAAGGAUUACAAGAGGGUGCAGGACGUUUGGAGCCGCAUGUUUGUAUUGAAGGUCCAGAUGGAAGUGUAUCAGAUGAUGAUUUGAAGAAAACAGGAGUAUUUCCCGAAAUAUUGUCUGAAGAACACCUUUCCAGAGACAGUGCCUCCUGGUGUCAGACAUCCAUCAGCAAGUCUCUUCAGAGGGCUGAGGCACUUCUACGCACUCGGCUGAACCCCAGCCGCUGGUUGCUACGGCAAAAGGAAGAAGACGGCAGCUGGGACUUUGAGAGUGAGAACACAUUUGUAGCAUGCCAGAACUUGACCUCCCGUUCCUCUGCUCGCCUUCAAAGCAUUGAGCAGACGGUGGUGGACAUGAGCAGCCAUUGCCAUGUCCUGUGGGACCGUGGAAGACGGCUUCGGCCACGUGGCUGUAUCAAGGGACUGUCAUCUACUGCCAAUGGGGAUGCCUACUGCCACUUACAAGCGUCUGCUUUUGGCGAGCACUAUGGGCAGCUGCAGUUAUUACUGGAAGAGCGAUCUAAGCUCAUUUUCCUUCAUGAGUAUUCCCAGCGCUUACGUGUGGCGAAUUGCUUUGUGACAAAGCUCUCUGUUCUACUGGACCAUGAGCGGCUAUUGUUGGUUAAUAGAACACAGAGAGCAAAUAAGUCCAUUUCGAUGUGGAACCUUGGCCUACAAGAUUUAAGCCAAGAGCUGAGAGUACAUUUGAACCACUGGGAUGUGCUUUGUGCCAAAGCUCACUCAAAUGUAUACUUGAGGAAAAUCCUAUUCUGGUGGAAGGAACCCCUUCACACAAUGUGUCAAACCUUUCGAAUUGUGGGGUUACAGUCACUAUUCCUGAUGGAGCAAUGUAUAUACAUUGCACUCUGUAUCCUGGCUACUGAACACCUCAUCCAUGUACCAACGGAUGCUUUAGAGGACCUGUUAGCCUCCGUACAGAUCUUCAACCACACUGUUAAGGAGAAGUUCCAGCACAACACAGCAGCUUGGAGAAAGCAUGUCAUUCUACUCUCAGACUGGCCUUACUUAAGUAGUAGUUUGCCUAGAAUAGGCCCAGAACCCAGGACUUUCACAGUGUUUCAACUAAUAAAGAUCUUGGCUGAACAAAGAGGGCAGAUCACGGCAGGACAGCUCUGUCUCUGGACUUCUCAUCAGAGUGAUGUCAUCACUUGGUCUGGACUUGGUACAGAAAACAACAGUUUUGAUUGGAAACAUCCCGAAGAGAUUUUAUCAGUUCUCUCAAAGCAGGCUUUAGACCAUAGUUCCACUGGGCAACAGGUUGAACUAGACAAUCUUAACUUGCAUCACAACAAGGCCACCAAAGAUCUCCGACCUUGCUCUUGCUGCACAGAUCCUCCCUUUUGGUCUUUUGUCCAUAGAGAUUGUGAGUGUAUAGAGAUUCUGUUCCAGGCUUUAGUAUCAUGCACUGACUUGCUGUUACCACAGACUCUAAAGCCACCCAUGCAUGGCCAUCUGGACACCACUGAAACCCUCUUGGAAGACUGUAAAAGACUUGGUGUGAGAGAGCUCCAGCCACUGUCUAUCUGUGGAACGCAAAAAUCAGUUCAGUGGAGAGAUUUGGUCAAGACAGAAUUAUGUUUGGAACUUUUCUCCCAGUACAAGGAAAUGUUGUGGAUGGAGUUCAGCAAUGCAGCCAUGAGAUGUUUCUUUUAUCAGGGACAUCACAAUGUCAUCGGAAGUAUGAAUCAGUGGAGGGAUCACAUGAUGUUUCUUUUAGUCAUGUGGCUCACUCAUGGUCUCAGAAGAGAAUUCAUUCCAGUUGAAUGUGUAGAGGUUUUGAAGGGGCUAUGUUCACAGAUGUUGUAUAACACUGCCUGCAUGCACUGGGAUGAAAUAAUAUGUGAUGCAUUGGGGUAUAGUCUGAAGGACAAGUGUCUUCCUGGAGCUAUGGCGAGGACCACCAUGGUGAGAACUGCCACCACAGAGCGACUGGUCCAACUCUUUAACCCCCUGUUCAUGAUGCUACAACACUUGAAAAACAGGCUACGAGCAGGUAAUGGUGGCCGAGUGGCUCAACUGCAGAUCCUUGGUGCACUUUAUAGAUCGGUUGCCACUGUGCAAUCGACAACUUUCUGGGUCAUGAGCAAGGCAUACCAGUUUCUGUCUUCCUGGUACAUCAACAAGUUCCUUCUCAUCACCCAAGGAGACCUUGUGGUUCUACAGGCUUCAUUGAAAAGAAAUGCACAGGAAGUAGAGGAUUUAAACGGUAAAGGAGGUCAUCCUGUCAUUGCACCAUUGACAGCACAGUUCACAAGAGGAGUAGCAGACCUGCAGGCUUUUUCUAACGGGAUUCUGAGGAUUUUCUCCAUGGAUUGUAAGAAGAUGUCUAUUGAGAUUUUUGAGCAAACAAUGCCAUCAGCAAAACACUGGAGGGUCAAUUACCAAACAGAAUUACCCAGCAGCCCGAGCGAGUAUGCCACAUCUGCAGCCCAGAGUGUAAUUGGCCAGGUGCUUGAGGGAGUGCAACAUUUGCCUGAGGAGGCGCGGGUCGCAGCUUUAACUGAAGCCAUGACUGUAUUCAUGGAGGCUUGGAUGGAACACAUUCUCAAGCAGAAAAUCAAGUUCAGCAUCCAGGGAGCCCUGCAGCUUAAGCAAGAUUUUGACCUGAUCCGAGACCUGAUCCGGUCGGAGGAAUAUAGCUUAUCGGAGGAGCUGCACCAGAGGUUGUUGUCUCUGCGUGUCUUUCAGCAAGUAGACAGUGCUAUUAUGUGUCUGCUACAGCAGCCCAUGGCAAAGCCCUACAUGCCUUCACAAGCCUGGGAGCCCUUUCGACAUUGCUGCCCCAGCAUUACACAAGUGGACCAAGCUGCUGGUAGUCUCAACAACUUGGAUAGCAUGGAUGUUCAAGCAGCUUGCCACAGCUCACUGACCCAGGCCCAGAAUUCUCUCACCCCAGAGCUGGUUUCUGCAUUGCCUGACUCUUAUCUUCCUCUGGCUCAGCAAGAAUGGUUAGAUCUGCGCAUUCAUAAUAGUUCCCGUUGGAAGCUCCCUGGCUUGCACUGUUUAACCAGGUCAGAGCCAUGACAUGACAAUGCAUUGCCAGCUCAAUUACUCUCUGCAGCCCUCAUUACAGUUCCAGUGCCUUAUUGUAGUGUUGAACUAGGAAAUACUGCUACAUAUGAACAUGGCAAAACUAUGAAAGAAUCAGUGUCACAAGUGCCUGAUUGUAAAAAUAAAAACUGUGUACAUUCUGGUUGGUAGUCAUAAUAGCUAGUCACCUAGUUUUCUGUCUUUAUAGGAAAUACCUCAUUGGUUUAUUUUUUUCAGUUAUUCUAAAUCUUACAUCAAAAACCUUUUUGGUGCUUAUUUUAACAUAAAUUGGUUGAUGUUUAUAUACCUAAUGCUAAAUCAAGUCCAUCAUUUAUCUUUUUUAUAAACCCUAUCAACAAUUAAAUGCCAUUUGACAUCUUAUUUUAUAAGAUUAGUUGUGAGAUCAAAGUCCAUGAAACUCAAUAUAGACUAUUUUAUAUUUCUACAUGUUGUUUUUGCAUUCAUGAAUGGACAAAUAAAUAAAUACAUCUGUGAGUAA